AUGAAUUUUCUAUUUUUAUUGAUUUUUCUAUCAAAUUUCUAUCAAAUCACCGCUCAACUUGGAUCAUUGUAUUCUUUUUUGGACGAUGACAGUCUUUUCUCGAAUGAACAACCAAUAAGACCAAAGACUGUGACUCGAGUGGUGAGCUCAUCGAGAGAUUCGAUCGAAAAUCAACGGGAAACCCUCGAUGAAGACGAGAAAAUUGUGAACGAUUUUGGGAAUAUCGUUUCACAAACAAAUGAUCUUUUCUCGAAAUUGUUUGGAAUGAUCGGUGGAGAGACAACGAUGGAGAUUCAUCGACCGAAACAACAAAAAGAUUCCACGGAAAUUCGAUCAACAAAAAAAAAUGAAAAUGAUCAAAAGAGCGAUUCGACAAUGCAAAAAGUUUUUCAUCUUUUUGAUUCGAUCAGCAGUAUUCCGUUCAAUUCGAGAAGAGUUCAGGGACAACACAUCUGUGUGCGAGAGAUCACAAAAGAGUUCAAAGCUCGAGAUGGGGUCACGAGUGCACAGCAUAGAUGUCAGAGAUUUCGUAAAGCUCAAAAAUGCAUCGAGCGACGCGAGAAUGAGAACGAAAAGGGAAAAGAAACAGCGAGAAUCGAGGAAUGUUGUGAAGGAUGGGAGACUGAUGAUAUUAUGAUAGAUGGAUGUAAAAGAGCCUCAGAGAUUGUUUCUGUUGAAGAUCGUCUUUAUCAAUUGAACUACACAAAUUCAAAUGAAAUUUUUGUUCUUGGUUUAGAGAAAUUUCUUCAUUCUAAAGAAACUUUCACUUUUUUAAUGCCAAGAAAGACAAAAUCUGCAAAUGGGACGGCAAUGAUUUUACCAAAUAUUCAAAGAGAUUAUGAUUGGUUUGACGGAGAUCUUGUGAAAAGUGUGGAUGGAGGGAAAUUUUAUAUCUCACAAUAUUCCGACUACUCACAAGUGAGAACCGAAAUCAAUUGUGUGGCGGUGAUUCGCGCAAAUUUGCCUGUCUCAAAUGGAGUCGUUCAUGUCACUGAUGGAAUGCUUCACCCAUCGGCUUCUUCUCUUCUUUCCGCUUUACAAGCUGAUCACCGUUUCUCAACGUUUCUUUCUCUAAUGAGCAAUGAAACGAAAAGCCUUCUUUCAUCUUUCAAUCAAUACACAAUUUUUGCAAUUACUAAUGAAGAUUUUGAAAAGCUGGAGGAAAAGACGAGAGAAAAGAUUAGAAGAAAUGAUGGAUGUGUGAAAGAUAUUGCUGUUUCACAGAUUUUUCAAUCCUCAAUUUGUUUUAAUGCUUUAGCUGGGAAAACUCUUAUUUCAUUGAAUGGAAAUGUGGAAAGAGUACAAGAAAUGGUCUCGAAAGAUGGGGAUUCCUAUGUGCGUCUUGGUGAUGCUCGAAUAAAAGAGGGAAAUCUUGUGGCCGACAAUGGAGUCAUUCAUCUAAUCGAUCAUUUCAUUCACCCACAACAAUUAUUAACAUGGAGAGAUCAUUUGUCCAUUCAUUCUCCUUCCCUUUUACCGUCCCUUCGUGAUCUUUCCACUCGAGAACCCGUAACGAUUUUCAUUCCGUUAAAUGCGACAAUGAAUGGCUCAACUUUUGACGUAAAAGAUCAAGUGGUUCUUGGAGAAGUUCUUGAUUUGGAUAAAGGCGGACAAACGGAAUUUUGGAGUGGGAAAAAGAUAUUUUACGGCCAUCCAAAGCACAAAGCUUCUCCGAUUUCAAUGAGAAUUUCCUUUGGUCAUUCUUUUCCAAUCGUGACAAGGAUUGGCUGCAGUGAUGUCAUCGAUACACCAAUUCACUCUUGCAAUUCCAUCAUCUAUUUCAUCGAUAAACCGAUCAAAAGCUCUCGGAUGAACAUCGUUGAAUAUAUCCAAUCGCGGGACGAUCUCAGCAAUUUCUCGAAUCUUUUAACAAAAAGUGGAGUCGAAAGUCUUUUCAAAUAUCAUAAAUCCCCAAUGACCGUUUUUGUACCCACAAAUGAUGCGUUCUCGAGGAAUCUCCUGAAGAAAUUGACCUUAAAUUCGACUUUGGCUGCUCAUUUUGUGAGGAAAUACAUUGUCGAUGAGCCAUUAUGCAGAUCGGAUCUUGCGCACAGCCGAUCGGAGAUAAAGAUAGAAACAUACGCGAACCUUGAAGGAGAAAAUCUUCUCGCUGAAGGCUCAAUUCAUGAUUUGUAUAUUGAUGGAGCACAGAUUAUUGGUUCUGAAAUGUUAUUGAGUGAUGACUUACUUUUUUCAAAGUUGAACGAUUUUUUGAGGACAAUGCGAUGGCUGGGUUUUCUGUUUCUUUCUACAACUCUUGCCGAAAUGAACACGACAAAGUCAAAUGUUGAUCCGGAGUGGGCAAAGAAAAGAUUUUGGCUUGGAUCAAUUCAUGGUAUUUUAAUGGUUGUCGCUUGGAUUUUUCUCAUUCCAAAAGCCACAAUAGCGGCAAGAUAUCUUCGAAAUCAUUCCUCGCGCAACAGUGUUUUCAAAUUGCCGAAUUGGUUCCAAUUACAUCGAAAUUCGAAUUACGCAGCGGUGAUCUUGUCACUAGUUUCUAUUGGCUUUAUUUUGUAUGCACAAGGAUUUCGCUGGACGGGUCCAUGGUUCGGCAGAAACUUUUUCUCACCAGGCGUUCUGCACAGCUUUCUGGGUGCCAUCUCGAUUUCCCUGGCCACUCUUCAGCCGAUAAUGGCCUAUUUUCGUCCAAAACCCGCGACACAAAAGCGUUUUUUAUUCAAUUUACUGCAUCGCUGUUGUGGGAUUACUUCGCUGGCGUUUGCAAUGGGUGCCAUGUUUCUGGUUGCUCAAAAGUUCGGUAAACGUUUCCAUCGACCGGAUCUCGUUUGGUUCUUUUGGUUGAUUUUUCUCUUCAUCAUCGCUAUUUGUGUUGUCAUUUUAGAGAUUCUUUUCCGAAUGACAACAUCUCCAAUGAGAAUCGGUUCUGAUAUGGAGCUGAGUGAAAACAAAAAACAGAUCUACGAUUCAACUGAUGCUGAAGAGAAAAGGAAAAAGUUAUUGAAAGAAAAAGAAGAUUGGUUGAUGUGGACGAGCUCGUUGAUAUUUGUUCUUUUCACAAUAAUCACCUUUGGAAUAACUGUGAUUAUCAUUAUCAAUAUGCUAUUGAAAUUU